GCUCACUCUCCUACCCACCUGCUGGAGGGAGACAUCACUUAAUCUCCAACUCCGCGACUCCUGCACUGCAUGACGGGCGGGCGGACGGACGAAAGAAGGCAUGAAAACAAACAAGAUUUUGAUAUAAUCCACAUCUCCAUCAUCUCUCUCUGAGGUGAUGACUUCAGUGAUCAGUCAUCCACUUGCUUGUUCAGUUUCUCUGGCUCUCACAGAGCCCUCCAUGAGACAUGGUGCUACCCGAAAACACCUCCAGACCUUCUGCUGCCAAGAAGGUCCCCAAGCAGCGCCCCCUGCGGCACCAGAGCCUGCCCUCCCCGGCCCUGUGCUGUGCCUGUGGCCUAUGCAUUAUGCUGGCUGGCAUCAACAUAACCCUGGUGGGAGCCUUCGCCUUUGGCACCUUUAUCCCGACUGGCAACCCCCCCAUCGUCAUCGGACCUCUUCUUUUAUUGAUAGCUCUGGCUUUCUUCACAGCCUGCUGUGUGGUCAGCAGGAGACCCCCGGCCCACAUGGCCCGCAAGGCCAAGGGGGGCGAGAAGUGGGGGCUAAUGCGGAUGGGGACGGCAGCAUUUGAGAUGGAGACCAGUGAGCACACGCUGCAGGACACCACAGCUGUGCAGCUCAGCCCCACCAACUCCCUUAGCUCCUCUCACAAGUCCAGCUCCAGCCACGGGAGUGACGCUGCUCCGGCUGCCUGUCAGGAAGGAGCUUGUGAGCUUAUAUCAGAGUAA